UCUCUCUCUCUUUCUUCUUCAACUUCUCAUACUAUGAUACAACACAUACCUCAAAUUUCAGCAGACUUGUUUUCAUAAAUCAGCACUACGUAUUCUUCAAAGGAAAAAUAAAAUUAAAAAAAAAAAAGAAGAAAAUGGAAAAAGAAAAAUAUCCAAAACUUUCUUGCAUGUGAAUUCCGACCCUUUUGUUUAAAGACAUUCACGUUCAUUUGCAUCGGCUUUUUCUUCUUGAAAUUUAUUUUGGAGAGAAAUUUCUUUCUUGGUUUUUUGUUUCUUGAGGUGAGAGCGGUGGAAGAGAGAGAAAGAGAGAAGAACAGAAAUGGCUGCGAAUGAGUGGAUAAAUGGGUAUUUGGAGGCGAUAUUGGAUAGUGGGGCGUCAGCCAUCGAAGAGAACAAGGCGGGGCCUGGUGUGAACGUGAGGGAUAGAGGUCAUUUCAAUCCCACAAAGUACUUUGUGGAGGAAGUUGUUACAGGGGUUGAUGAGAGUGAUCUUCACAGGACAUGGAUCAAGGUCGUCGCUACCAGGAACUCCAGGGAGAGGAGUUCCAGGCUCGAGAACAUGUGCUGGCGCAUUUGGCAUCUCGCCCGCAAGAAGAAGCAGUUGGAAUGGGAGGAUUUGCAACGGUUAGCGAACAGGAGGUGGGAACGAGAACAAGGUCGCAAGGAUGUGACGGAGGAUAUGUCAGAAGAUCUGUCGGAAGGGGAGAAAGGAGAAGUGUCAGCAGAGGCAGUUUCACUUGACAGCCCCAGGAAAAAGUUCCAGCGCAACAGCUCCAACUUGGAGGUGUGGUCGGACAGUAACACAGAGAAGAAGCUUUAUAUUAUUCUAAUUAGUUUACAUGGUCUGGUCCGUGGUGAAAAUAUGGAGCUUGGUCGGGAUUCUGACACUGGUGGUCAGAUUAAAUACGUUGUAGAGCUUGCUCGGGCACUUGCUAAGAUGCCGGGAGUUUAUAGAGUGGAUCUGUUCACGAGGCAAGUUUCCUCACCUGAAGUAGAUUGGAGUUAUGGUGAGCCCACAGAGAUGCUUAGCACAGGUGCUGAUGAUGCUGAUCUAGGAGAAAGUAGCGGGGCUUAUAUUGUAAGAAUACCGUUUGGUCCUCGGGAUAAGUAUCUUAGGAAGGAAUUAUUGUGGCCUUAUAUUCAGGAGUUUGUUGAUGGAGCAUUGGCGCACAUUCUUAAUAUGUCGAAGGCUUUGGGGGAACAAAUCGGCGGAGGACAGCCCGUCUGGCCGUAUGUCAUCCAUGGGCAUUAUGCAGAUGCAGGUGAUAGUGCUGCUCUCCUAUCGGGUGCUUUAAAUGUUCCGAUGGUUCUAACAGGGCACUCCUUGGGUAGAAACAAGCUAGAACAGCUUCUUAAGCAGGGACGCCAGUCGAAAGAGGAUAUUAAUUCGACAUACAGGAUUAUGAGAAGAAUCGAAGCUGAAGAGCUCUCGUUAGAUGCAGCGGAGCUGGUAAUAACAAGCACUAAGCAGGAGAUUGAAGAACAAUGGGGACUAUAUGAUGGGUUCGAUGUAAAGCUGGAGAAAGUUUUGCGGGCUCGUGGAAGGCGCGGGGUCAAUUGUCAUGGACGUUUUAUGCCUAGGAUGGCAGUUAUUCCUCCGGGGAUGGACUUUAGCAAUGUCGUAGUUCAAGAAGAUAGUGCCGAAGGUGAAGGUGACCUUAUGGCACUAACCAAUUCCGAGGGGUCAUCCCCUAAGGCAGUCCCUGCUAUUUGGUCAGAAGUAAUGCGGUUCUUGACAAAUCCACACAAACCGAUGAUUCUGGCAUUGUCACGACCUGAUCCAAAAAAGAAUAUAACAACUCUGUUGAAAGCCUUUGGAGAAUGCCGCCCAUUAAGAGAGCUUGCUAAUCUUACUCUUAUAAUGGGGAACAGGGAUGAUAUAGAUGAGAUGUCUGGAGGAAAUGCUAGUGUUCUUAUUACUGUAUUAAAGCUAAUCGACAAGUAUGACCUCUAUGGGCUAGUGGCUUUCCCUAAACAUCACAAGCAAAGCGAUGUUCCAGAAAUAUACCGCCUGGCUGGAAAGACAAAGGGAGUCUUCAUAAAUCCAGCUUUCAUUGAGCCCUUUGGACUUACGCUAAUUGAGGCUGCUGCUCAUGGACUCCCAAUGGUGGCAACUAAGAAUGGUGGGCCGGUGGAUAUUCAUCGGGCACUGAAUAACGGUCUGCUUGUGGAUCCUCAUGAUCAGCAGUCAAUUGCCGAUGCACUUCUUAAGUUAGUCUCAGAAAAGAACUUGUGGAACGAGUGCAGAAGGAAUGGCUUGAGAAACAUUCAUCUUUUUUCAUGGCCGGAACACUGCCGAACAUACUUGACCAGGGUUGCAGCCUGUCGGAUGAGGCACCCGCAAUGGAAAACCGACACGCCAGCAGACGAGCUGGCUGCAGAUGAGUCCCUGAAUGAUUCACUUAAAGAUGUAUUAGAUAUGUCGUUGAGGCUAUCCAUUGACGGUGAGAGAACAUCAUUAAACGAAACGCUCGAUGCGGCUGCUGCUGGUAAUAACUCUGAAGUGCAAGACCAAGUUAAACGUGUUAUGAGCAAAAUGAAGAGAUCGGAAUCGGGGGCACGGGAUUCUGAUUCUGACAAGAAAUUGACUGAUACGCCGAGCAAGUACCCGAUGUUGAGAAAGCGACGUAAACUGAUUGUUAUAGCACUUGAUUGCUAUGACGACAAAGGAGUUCCUGAAAAGAAGAUGAUUCAAUUUAUCCAAGAGAUCUCCAAGGCAAUUAGGUCAGAUCAACAAAUUGCAAGACAUUCAGGAUUUGCCUUAUCAACCGCUAUGCCGAUGCCGGAACUGAUUGAGUUCUUGAAGUCAGGGAAUAUUAAAGUAAAUGACUUUGAUGCAUUAAUUUGUAGCAGUGGUAGUGAAUUAUAUUACCCUGGGGAAGACGGAAAGCUUUGCCCUGAUCCGGACUAUGCGUCACAUAUCGAUUACCGGUGGGGUUUGGAUGGUCUGAAAAAGACCAUUUGGAAGCUAAUGAAUACACCAGAAGGCGGAAAAUUCGGACAAUCUUCAAAUGCUAUUGAAGAAGAUGUAAAAUCAAGCAACUCCCAUUGCCUGUCGUACUUAAUAAAGGAUCUCAGUAAGGCCAAAAGGGUGGAUGAUAUGAGGCAAAAGCUUAGGAUGAGGGGCCUUCGUUGCCAUUUAAUGUAUUGCCGAAAUUCUACAAGAAUGCAAGUUAUUCCUCUCCUUGCAUCUCGCUCACAGGCUCUCAGGUAUCUUUUUGUUCGUUGGCGAUUGAACGUGGCUAAUAUGUAUGUAAUUCUCGGAGAAACUGGUGAUACGGAUUAUGAGGAAAUGAUUUCUGGCACGCACAAGACCCUCAUCAUGAAAGGCACUGUCAUGAAGGGCUCGGAAGAGUUGCUCAGACCAACCGGUAGCUGUCUAAGAGACGACAUAGUUCCGCGGGAUAGCCCACUCGUCGCCUACACGAAAGAAGGGUCGAAAGCAGAAGACAUAAUUAACACAGUAAGGCAUCUCUCCGCAGCAGGAGUGUGAGAUACACCGCUUCCUCCUUGGUGCAAAUACUAUAGCAGUCCUUUUUUAUUUUCUUUCCCGGCUGCGUAUACGCUAAAGAAAUAAUUUUGUGAUAGGCAGAUUUUCAACAUGGUUUUUUCGCAGAUAUAUAUAGCUACAUAGAGGACUCUCUGACUAUGGGUGACCUGUAUUGUUGUUGAUUGUCAUUGAAAUAAGUUUGCUCCAUAUUAUACGUUCAGAGUUGUAUGGAAUGGAGAGAAUUUGCUCCAUAAUCUCAGUUCUGAUUGACAUUCUCUAGAAGAAAAAAGCUCUGAGGAUAGAUGAAAAUUUUAUGUAUGUAUUGGUUUAUGCAGAUGUAGAGCUUGUGUGGGCGUA